AAGAACGUAGGAAUACACAUUGAACUACGCUUAUUGUGAUGUACUACGAAACACAAGGGUUUUGAAAUCUCUUAACCGAAAGGACCGGCUCUGUACUAAAGUAGGACGGCAACUCCUUCCGCUCUCUCUUUCUCUCUCUCUAACGAUUCCCACAUCUGAUUCAGCAAAAACUUGAGAGAGCAGUUGGCCACAGCGCUUAAACAGGAGGACACAACUCGUGUGUGUCGUAUCUAGCCGCCAUUACAUUGACUCUGGCUAGGCUGCCGGUGUGUUGGCUACUUUUGCAGCUAAGUGCUUGCAUAUUAAGUUAUUGUUCUAGUUGUGACAGCCAGGGCGUAUAAAGAAUAAUAGGAAUGGGUUGUGCAUACGGAUUAGAGCUUGUUGUAAUUGCAUGUUUAAUACCGGGUCAUCUUCUUGCUAGAGGCUUCAAUGCAAGAGAUCCCAAAUGUCUAAAGGAAGUCACAGCAGAAGGCUGCGACACCGUCCUCUUAGGCUGGAGCUACAUCAAGGCCUCAAAUAAAUGUGCUAAAGGAUUUGUCUGCUCAGAAAAUGUCAACAGAUUUUCUAAUGAAGUGGAGUGCUCAAAAAUUUGCCCAGCCAUACCGGGCAAGAGACCAAGACCACGAAUAAAGAACUGCCGGUAUUGGCUUAUGCAGGGAGGGGAAUGCCAAAAACAUUGGUUUGAUUUCAGAAAAGGCUUAUUUGGAGUCAGACAUCGAAUGCUGUAUUACACUGGCUGCGACGGUGACAAGCAUCGGGUCUUUGCGUACGACUUCUUUUGGAAAAGAUGCCGAGAGGUAAGGAACCCCUCACCUGAAAGAAGAGAAUAAAGGGCAACACAGAACAAAGGAUCCAGUGAAGAUGUCCCAUACUACUACAGUUGGCGGGUGCUGAUUGCUGUGCCUUUGGAACAAGAAACGCUUAAAAUGUA